AUGUUAGCAGUGGAGGAAACAUCAAUGCCUAGCUCAAGCAAUCAAACAACAUUAGCUAAAGCUAAAAUUGCUUCAACAUCAGCUAUGAAACUUCAAUAUGUUACUCAACGAAUUAUUGCAGCAUUAUUUCCAUCAGACAGUACGGAUGCUCAAUAUCGAACAGAUCUCAAAGAUGCUACCGUGUUACUCAGACGUAAUCAUUCUGAACACUACAAGAUUUUUAAUUUAUCAAAAAAGCGCAAUGAUCUUGGCCGUUUGCAUUCAGUUGUUGAACUUGGCUGGCCUGAAGAAUUAGCACCACCACUUGAUCGACUUUGUUCAAUAUGCAAAUUACUCGAGAAUUGGUUAUCUGAAAAUGCGCAAAAUGUCGUUGUCAUUCAUUGUAAGGGUGGUUGUUCACGUGCGGCUAUUGUUAUUGCUGCAUAUAUGCAUUAUAUCACCAUAUGCUCUAAUGAUGAAUUAAUUGAAAAUCGUUUUGCAUUACAACAAUUUAGUGAAUAUUAUCUUGGACCAAAUGGACAGCCAUCGCAUAAACGAUAUGUGAAAUAUUUUUCAUCACUUCUUUGUGGACGAACAAAAAUUCAACCAGCAACAGUUUACUUACAUAAUAUUAUAUUAACAAAUUUUUUUAAUCGAAAUGUUUUAUUCAAAAUAUAUGAACGUAUGCAACCAGUGCAUACAACAUCACUUAAGGUUGUAGCUGAAAAUAAUACAUUUGAAUUGGAUGACUUACCAUUACGUGGCGAUAUUUUGGUAAAAUGUUUCCAACGUACGAGUACCACUGAACGUGCACUAUUUUUUCGUUGUCAAUUUAACACUUGCACAUUUGAUUUGUCAACAAAUAAUGAAAAUAUCUAUAGAUUACGAUUUUAUCGCGAAGAAUUGGAUAACAUCUUUAAUGAUUCUGAAGUGAAUUCACAAGCAGUAAUUGAAUUUAUAUUUCUAAUCGAUGUAACAAAAAAUAUUAAAAAUGAUAGUAGUAAUAAUGACGAUAAUAAUGAUACAAAUGCGGUAAGUGCUGCUAAUGAUGGCGAUGGCGCUAUUAGUAAAUCAAUUGCGGACAAUUCUCGAGCAGAUAGCUAUGAAAAUUUCGAUAAAGAAGAAGAAGAAGAAGCAGCACAAGUAGAAGAGGAAGAAGGAGAAGAAGAUCGAAGUGAGCUCAGUGCAGCAGAUUGUGUCAAUGGUACAGCAUAUGUUGAAAUUCAUCGGCCAACCGAUAGUACAGAUUCUGGCCUAGGCUCUGAUUCAGCAAAUAUUAGCAAGGAAAAAAGUGGCAUGCCACCGCUGCCACCACCAAAGCCACGUAUCAACCUGGAAGAAAGAAUGAAUGCUAGCACUGAUCAUUACUACUCAGAACAAACAAGGGGAAAUGAACAGGUAAUAACACGCGCUCAUUCGGUACUUCCAGCGUCCGUUCGAUCAAAUUUAAGCGUACGUGUAGCAAGUCCUGUAGACGAGCAGCACGCAGCAACACCACGUGGUAUUGAGCCUGAUUUAGUUGCAAAAGAUAGAUAUGACCCAGCUAGUAAAUGCUUCUCUUAUGUACCAGCUCGAGCUCUCAGUGAACAUUUUACGGCGCCACGAAAGCCACAACGUCUUAAAAUUGAUGAAACAGCUACAGCAGCAUUAAAUAUUUCACCGUCAGCAUCUGAAAUUGCAAUGGUACCAGUCAAAUCAACCGAUUUGCAACGAUUACCUGAAACACCAAAAUGGGAAGAUGAUAUUGAAAAGAUAACGAACGGUAUUUUUUUCGGUGAUAAUAAUAGAAUAACAGAUAUGAGUGUUACGCCAACUGAUUUCAAUCGUACCGGAAAUGGACCGAUUGCAAAUUCAACACCAAAAACGGAAUUAUCAAAAUUAAAUUAUCCGGUAAAUGAUGAAGAGAAACCUAUCAUUGUGGAGCAAGCAAAGCAUGUGUCAAAACGAAGAAAAACAAAAUAUGAUUCAUAUAAAACAUUAAAUGAUGAUGCUUAUAACAGUGAUUUGGAUGAUCUUUGCGAUCCAGAUUUCUAUCUUACUUAUACAUCACAAGCAACAGUACCGAUUAGAAAUAAUGCAAUUGAUAAAACAGCAGCUACAACAAUAACAGCAGCAGCAACAACAACAACAACAACAACGGAUGAUGCAGUAGCAAAAAUGAACGAACCUAAUUUGAAAAGUAACGGAAUAUCGGGAAAAAAUAAAAUCUAUCAAAAUCAAUCAAAUUUUGAUGACUAUUUCUUAUCAUCGAAACCAACAAUUUCGCUUAACAAUGUAAAUCAGAAUCGAGAAGCAUUUCGAAUGCGUAAUUGUCGCUCUGCUACUUCCGCUCCGUUUUAUCGUGAAUCUUCCGAUAAUCGAUUGUUUGCUCACAAUCGUUAUGAUUCAUUGACAGAUGCUGAAAAUGCCGAUGAUUGGUUGAAAUUUCAAUUGAAAAAAUUGAAAGCAAAACGAGAAAACAAUCCGGAAAUGUUACGACGAAAACGACAAGAGAAAUUACUCCUUGAGGAAUUAAAACACGUAAAUGAUGAUAGACAAAUAAAACGUGAAAAUGACGAACGUACGUAUAGCUUAGAAAGCUAUGGUAAAUCUGUUGAUCCAUUAAUUGAAUAUCGGAUUGAAGAGGAACGCUUACAAAACGUACGUUCACCAUAUCAUGAUAACGAUGAUGAUAAUCGAAUCACUGAUGAAAUGACUCAUUAUGCAAAUCGAAAAAUGAAAGAUUUUAACAAUUCGUCAGCUCUACCACCAAAGCCUUCAGAUAUUGUCAAACAUAAGCCACCAACACCACCAUUACGACCUCGUUCACAAAGUCCAUCAUCAAGUCCAUAUUCAAGACGAUAUCGUAUUAGGACACCAUUUCAAGAAUCACAAUAUCAACGUGAACGAAAUCAAAUUAAUCGUAGUGAUAGCAUUGAACAUGAUAACGGUGAUUUUGAUGAUAACGAAUUUAGCCAUUUGAGAAAUAUUGUAAAAGAGAAUAAUAUUGGUAAUGAUAAUGCACAUGUAGAAUUGAAUUCCUCAACAAAUUCAAUGAAAUCAAUUUUAAAAAAGCGUGAUGUUCAGCAAAAUGGCACAUCAUCACCGUUAAUUAAUCGCACUCCAUCAAAUUCCACUGAGGACUGGUCAUUAGCUCCAUCAUCCAAUCGAGCUGCAACACCAGCAUUUCCGGUACGUCGUGAAACACCGCAACCAUAUCAUCCGCUUUUAUUUGAAGGUGCAAAAGAUGUGAUACCACCAAUGCAACCAAUCAAUAAUAUCACUUAUAGGUCUUCAUCACCACGUUCUAUUUAUUAUGCACAAAGUCAUCGUACAUCAAUUUCUUCAACUGUUCCGUAA